CGGGUGAAAUUGAAACAGUGGUUGACGAGUUAUGAUCCAUCGGCCUACGCAAUUUAUGCACACAACCCUGCCAAAGCCAACCAUUCAAUAAGCGCAACAUCAGUGACUAAUACAAAUCGAUUGUGCCAAUAUCAUUCGGAAGAGUAGUGAAGAUUGAAGGAGAAAACGAGUGAAUAGUUAAUAUUCUGCGCGGUGUCUCGUACGAUUGAAUCGUCGUGCUCGAAGUGAGUAAUAGUCUUUAUCGUCUGAUUUGUGCUUCUCUGUCCUGUGAGUGAGUGUAUCAAAAAGCCUUCAAAAUUGCUCCGAAAACGUCGUUCCGAAUGCAUUUGCCCAGCGGUGGAAACACAGCCACUAUUCCCCUGAGCAACAACAACAAUAACGACGCCAACACGACGCCGACGGCUUCCACCGAGUGGGAUAUCUACAAGGACGAAGAGAUGCUAGAACCACCCGCCGGAAGCAACAACAAUGCGGAAAAUAGUUCGCCCAGUCCCGGGGCAUCCGGUGACCUUUGGUGGAUUGAACGGAUGGUGAUGGAGGCGCAGCAAGAGUAUCCGGGAGAACUGGUGCGAACCGGUAGUCCAUAUUUUCUGUGCUCCGCUCUGCCAAACCACUGGCGAUCCAAUAAGACGCUACCGAGCGCCUUCAAGGUAGUCUCCCUGGGUGACGUUUGUGACGGGACGAUGGUGACGAUCCGGGCCGGUAACGAUGAAAACUUCUGCGGCGAGCUAAGAAACUGCACAUCUGUGAUGAGAAACCAAGUGGCAAAAUUCAACGAUCUCAGAUUCGUGGGCCGAAGCGGGCGAGGGAAAAGCUUUACUCUAUCAAUCGCAAUCUCCACCACCCCACCACAGGUGACAACCUACACCAAAGCGAUCAAGGUGACCGUCGAUGGACCAAGGGAGCCACGUUCCAAAACCAAUAUGCCACAACUGCGACCUCCAGCUCUCCAUCGGUUUCUGGAACAGCCGGCAUUCAGCCACUUCCCAUCCCGGUUCAACUCCAGUUCCAACAAGUCCUCCAUCAAUACCUACAGUGCAAGUACAAAUCAUCACAACAGCAACAGUGGCAGUUCCAGUCUGAACACCAGCGUUGAGUCCUCCAGUGAUUACAAACCGAACCUUACCCUUCCAGAUUAUAGUAAUGCAACCGAUUGGCCAAAUGGACUUAAUUCUUCUUCGACGACACCAUACGUUACAAACUAUUCACCGAUCCAAACGACACCUCCUUCAUACGGUGGAUACGAUCCGUGCCCCAUGGCAGAGCAUCCGAAUUACAACCUUCCUGCAGUUCUUCCAGAUACCGCACAAACAUACCAGGAUUACUACAGCAUCCCACCGGCGACCGGUACCACCCCACACCAAGCCAUGCCUCACGGGUACGUUUCGAAGACGACCGAUCUGGACGCGUCCUACGGUCCCUACAGCCAAUGGGCCAACGGAUAUGGAAGCUACCAGUAUAAUACAACCUGCCCACCGCCAUUGCCACCUCCACAAACACAGUACCCUUCAACCGCACCCGCCAUGGUUCUUUGUCCUCAAAUGUUCAGCACCGUGAAUCAGAACCAAAUCCAUGUGCACCUACACGGUACGGGCAGUGAAAAAUUGGAACAAUACCUAGGAACGGAUAAUGGGUUCAGUAUCAAUUCGAUCUCUUCCGGCGGCGUAAGACCCCCACUUCCAGGAGUUGAAAUUGGUAUCGGAAGUCAUGAAAGUAGUAUAAUAAGCCACGAUGGUAGUCAACAGGCACAACAACAGCAACAAUCGCAACAAGCGCAGCAGCCACAGCAGCAUCCGGCAGCACAUCCUGGAGAAGUUAGUGAUCAACAGGAAAGCCGAGAAGAGUCCGUGACAGGCGAUCCGAGUAGCGUUUGGCGACCUUACUGAUGUUACGAGUUUUAAAGGCACCCUCGACUGAUCAUUGAGGAUGCUUUUUUGGAAUGUUCAGGAAGGAAGGCGAUUUUUAUGGCUAUACAUGAUAUUUUCCCCAACGCGCUAACGGACAGAGGCACACAGAACCAACCAAUCGCUCAAAUUUUACCGAUUGACAAAAUCGUACUCUCUCUAUUAUAGUAGCAAAUUUAGAAUAAUUAAUGUUUGGUGUAUAGAAGAAAAAACAAUAGAACUAUACAAAAUGGAGAUUUAUGUUACUCGUCAAACAAAUUUUGUUAGGUUAUAUGUUAAGCUAUAAAAUUUCAGUGGAUAAAAAA